AUGACCAUUCCAUCCAUCCAUCAUGGCUAUCAAAAAGUGCCACUUCAUGACAGCCGCUUCAGUGAAGCGGAUACUGAAUGUGAUUCACCUUGGCAUAGCGACAGAUUUUACCUCAAAUCCGACGGUGGCAUCAACGAGAACUUUCUCAAAGUGGAUGGGGAUGAUGAGGAAGAGGACCUGAUCUCCCCCAUGGACAAGAAGUCCAUGUUUUACUUCGUGGAAUCCUGGUGGUUUCACCUCCUGGCAGCUUCGGUGAUUUGCAGCAAUACUGUGAGCAUCGUCCUUGAGGCCGACUCGACGUCGGAGGAGAGGGGUAUUGGGUGGAUCAAGCAUGUUUGA